AUGCUCACCGCGGAGGCUGAGCACUGGUGGACCAGUACCAAAUCCAUCAUGGAGGAGAGAGGCAAGCCGGUGACAUGGGAGGCCUUUAGGGGGAAAUUCCUCCCGGAAUAUUUCCCAGACAGAAUUGGAUAUGGCAAGGAGGUGGAAUUCCUCCAACUGACCCAGGGAGGGAAGACGAUGACCGACUAUGUUGAGAAGUUCAAGCACCUCAGCCGCUUUUAUACCUUGUCACUGGAUGAGGAGUGGAGAUGCCGAAAAUUCGAGAACGACAUCAGGGGAGAUAUUCGCUUGAUGGUAGCACCCUUAUCCUUUAAGGAUUUUGCCGCUUUGGUGGAGAAGGCCACGGUGAUGGAGAAGACGAAGAAUGAGGUAGAAGGUCAGCGGCCCCAACAGCCUCAGAGGAUUGGUGGACAAUUUGGGUCCAAGCCCGAACACGACGAGCGGAGGAAACCAUAUGAUAGACCUCCCCAUCAGCCUCAGGGGUCUAGGGGUCUUCCUCCCCAGCAGGGUCGAGUGCAGUGUUACAUAUGUGGGGGCCCACACUUGAGGAGCGCUUGCCCUUGCAUGGAGGGUUACCGCAGAUGCAACAACUGUGGCAAGGAGGGCCACUUCGGGAAGGAUUGUCCCACUAUUGCUAGGGCAACGGCACGCCCUCCAGUUCAGACUCCUCACUAG